AUACAUAGCUGGAUAGCGAGUAGUUGCUGUUGUGUGACACUUCGUACCUUGUACUAACUGACGCACUUAGCUUGAGCAGCCUCGGACAACGUCCUCGCAAGGUAGACUCCAUUCUUGAGCCACGCAUUAGUUCCACUUCCUCGCGAGCGGCGUUCCUUCUUGCGAUUCAAAAUGGACUUCGUAAUGCGAGCAUCGUUAGCGGAUCCGUCUAUAUCGGGGCCGCCGAUAAGCAGCAGUUCAGCGGACGAGAGGCCGCCAUUGCUGACACCGGAGCAAGGGCGGAUCGUCCGGGAGACAUUCGCGGAGUUCGUGCAGCCGAACGUGGACCAGCACGCCAUCAUCCUCUUCCUCAUUGUUUUCGACAUUUCCCCGGACGGGCGCAACCUCUUUUCGUACGUGCGCAACUCGGCGGAGCCCGCGCCGCUGAACGCGCGGCUGCAGGAGCACGCGACGCACGCGUUCGGCCUCAUGUGCGAAGCGAUCACGCAGAUGGACGACGCGGAGGCCGUUGAGAAAAAAGUCACGCCGCAAUUUAUGUCGUUGGGGUGUAGACAUUUGAAUUACGGUGUAGCUGCUGACGAUACACCGACUUUCAGAACGGCUUUCUUGAAAACGAUGGGGAAGGCGAUGGGGGUUAGGUGGAGGGGGGUUGUUGAGGAUGCGUGGACUCGAGGGUUUGACCUCUUAGAAUAUAUAGUGUGUAAAGGCAUGGACUAAUAGCGUUAGUUAGUCUGGAUGAAUAGGCUGCUUGCUUGCAUUGCAGUGUACAUUAGUCGU